AUGAGUGCGAUCACAUUACGUCAAGCGCUGAAUGUACUUGCGAAGUCAUCUUCAUUUUCCGUUACUACAGUGACAGAUCGUCAAAAGGAUGAAUUCGAUCAGCUGAAAUCACAACUCUUUGUUAAACAAGACAUUGAGAGUGAUUUGCAACAAUACUUGGAUACUGCGAAGCCAGGUGAAAUAAUCUUUUUGUGCGGGAGUAGCGGCGACGGGAAAUCCGAGAUUUUAACUCGUUGUAAGUCAGAUCCUCGUUACCAGCAUAAGUUUAGCUUCCACCUUGAUGCAACACAUAGUUUCGCCCCUCGCCAGUCAGCCAUCGAUGCAUUAGAUGAUUUGUUUGACAGAAAUCAUCACUAUUCGCAACCUCUUCUGAUAGGCAUUAAUACUGGCAUGCUAGCUAAUUUUGCCAGAGAAGGAGCUGAACGCCAUAAGAUAAUUCGUUCCACCAUCGACAGAUUUUUAUCUGUAAAACCGGAUGGGAAACGUCCAUAUCAACAAGCCCACUAUUCUUUCUUUGAUUUUGAGCACUACCCAAAAUUUCAAUUUGAUGAAAAUAAACAGUACUCAACUUUCAUUAAGUCAUUACUAAAUAACUUGACGAAGGAAGAAGACGGUAAUUUAUUCUAUUUUGUUUUUAGGAGUGAAGAAGCUAGAAAUCCGCAUUUAAAAGAGGUGGCUAACUUUAAAUUAUUAAGUUUGCCUGGGGUGCAGGACGUUAUUAUCACUCAGCUCUUUAAAGCAAGAUUAAUCAAGGACCAAUUUGUUACAACAAGAACAUUACUGGACUUCAUAUAUCAUCUUAUUAUGGGGCCUGGUUAUCUAUUCGAUAAUCUCUUCUCAGUUGCUGAGAAUGAUUUGAUUAAAAAAAUCGCUGAUUUUGAUCCAGCAAGACUACAUACAUAUGAACUUGAUCAGUUUAUUUUACGUUAUGAGUUAGGAUUGACUGACUCAGAGCUCGAUAGUUUCCUGGGCGCGCUCGAGAUGUUACAUAUUAAAUUUGACCGCCAAAGUGCUCAUUCUGGAGAAGCAGCCUCAUUGAUUAGGCUCUUCUGGUUAUUGCAAUAUGAAUCUUUAGGCAAUGACUACCACCAAAAAUUUUCAGAAUUCUUUAGUGAAGCACUUUUCGAGCGUUAUUCAGAAAUUUGGCACAUGCACAAGAAUUAUACUGCCAAUCCAGAACAAAAAAAAUUGCUCAAUCGAUUUUAUGCUUUUGAACUCAUAGCAGGAUUACAGCGCUAUGCAAACCGUAAAGCGCCGGAAUUAAGUAUGCAAAAAGAAGAGUUCUUCUUGGGAGAAUUUGGAGGAGUUAAAUUAACUGCACCAGUAGAAGUGAAACCUGAUUGGGAAGCAAUUCGUAAUAAACAUACCGCUCAUCCAACGGGUUUUGACAUCUACUUAAAGGUAGGACAAAACUCACUUCCCCCUGUUCAUGUCGGGCUGAAUCUCUUUGAACUUUUACACAAACUGAACAAUGGCUAUCGUCCUAAUAAAUAUGAUAAGAAUGCCAUAGUGCUUUUGGACGAACUUAUUGAGCUGAUUACUGAACAGGCCAAAUCGAGUAGUGAUAUAAAAUUUUAUGAUGGUAAUUCUCGCGUUUAUCGCGCGAAAGCAGAUGAAGAUAUGAUAACCAUCAGUGGAAUGGAGGGUUACUUGCCGAUACGUAAUAAAAAUAACGACAUCAACUGGCAAUUUGUCACUGGAUUAGUGCUUAGUUAUGCUCUCAAGCGUAAAGUUGAGGCUUAUAAUCCUGAGCAAUUCCGUGAAGACUGCAAAAUGCAUCUACAGGAAUUGCUUGAUGAACCCUCUUUUUGGAAUGUGCUUGAGCGAAUGUACUUCUCCAAUAAAGAUAUUUUUCGUGUCUCUCCACUAUUUUUACUUUUUCAUGCUCAAUUUACAGGCGAUAAAAUAAGUGAAGGCUCUGCAGCAGAUAAGCGUUUAGGAACACUUUUUGCUAAUUUAAUGGGUGACUUAAGCCUUAAGUAUCCGAUUCAAGAUAAAAUCAACUUCAUUGAGCAAGAAAUGUUGAAUAAGCUUAAUGAAAAAGUAAAAGUGCUAGGCAAAGGCCCAUUUCCGGAUGAACAACCAUACCUCCCAUACAUGGUUACCUGUUUUCAAUCAGAUCUGGAGUUUUUAUCCCAACAUCCGCAAUACCUUUUACAGGAAUUGACCAAUACUUUGCGCUUAUACGCUUUUAGUUGGUGCGCACAGUUAGCUCUUAAUGUGGAUAACUGGCAGGAAGGCGAACCACAAAGCAAAUCUUUAUUUUUUAUACUUGAUAGCGAAAAAGCCAGCUCUGAACGAGAAAAAGUUAAACGUUAUGGAUAUAAAUUAUUCGCAAGUCAAAGUGAAAAACUUUUCCCUAUACUCUCUGCAUUAGAAAUUUUGCAAUGGGGAAAAGGUGAGAAAAAACGUCCCCUAUGGCAAAUUUACCAAGACACUUUGAAUGAUCUUGGCUCAUCUCCAAAGAUAAUAGAGGAUCUUAAUAAUUAUUUACAAGCAUUCAUAGAAGAUCGCGGUCUUGCUUCACGUGAACGUGUUACAAACCUAGAAGGUGCAUUCAAACAGUUAAUCUCGGUAUCCCUUGAACAAUUCCAGGGUAAAAAAGAUCGCGCAACUGUGAAUCGUAAAUAUACGAAUGAACUGGAAAGCGAGAUUUGUACAGACUUUAUUCAGGUUCGUGGUCGUGCGGGAAAAGUACUUGUAUUGAAUCAGGAUCGUCUAUUGUUACUGACCAAUCUUACUGUUGGUAAAAAUGAUAAACUCAGGUUGCAUGAGUUACUAAGCGGCUUUGAACAGCGCGGUUUUUAUCUCGAUAACCAAUCGGCUCAGACGUUGGUAGCGUUUUAUGAGCGCAUGGGGAAUGUGGAGCGAAUGAGUGACAGUGGAGAUGCAGUCGAUAUCAUACAGCCAGGUGAACGCUACCAGUUCAAAUCUCCAGAUCCUGAUAAUGCUUUAAAACUCUGGCAGGCAUUUGUAGAACUGUCAGAUGAAAAAAAACUUGAGAUUGCUCCUGGCCAAUUUGUUUCAAUCCUGUCCUGUAAUGAUGUGCAACUUAUUCCUGUUUUGCAUGGUGCUGAAACUCCCGCAUUUACUGAAAACUACAUUUCUCAUCUUCGCGAUAAGGUAGCGGGACGAAGCGGAGCUUUUGCCCAAACGGCGUUGUUAAUCAUUCACAACAGCAUGCUUGAUACUCUAAUCAACAGUACAAAAGACGUGGCGGCUCCUGAUGCCAUCUGGUACCCGCAAACAUUUUGCCAUCAGUUGGAAAAACUAAUUACCACUGACAGUAAUCGCUCAGAGUUGUCCCGUUGUUUGUUAGAUGAUCAACUCGCAACAGUACUUGACGAAGGUGCUACUGUAUUUGGUUUUUCAUCUUUAUACCGUUUGUUGGAGGAUGGUAAUUUAGAUUUCUCAGAGCUCCAUCUCUUCAAAGAUGAUGAACUGCUUAACUUUAGUCAAAAACAAUUGCGUACCAGGCUUAAUGAAAACAGGAAAUUAUAUCGUCAGAUUGAAGACUGUGUAGAGCGUUACAGUGGGCAACUGGAAAACGUUCUUACAGAAUUUAGUACUAAAUUCAUUCAGGAGCACUUCGUUGAUAAAGACGAUUGGCGCGAGCUUGAUUUCUCUGAGUACAGAAAAGAGAAAGAGCUGAAUAGUGAGCAAAAGCUUGUACUUGAAGCCGUUACGGUAGAAAACGGUGAGAUUUGGCAACGAGCUAAGAGUGCGAGUAAGGCGGGUAAGCGCGAUAUAAGUUUGCUGGUUCAGGUUGAGCCUGGGCAGUCGAUUGUAGAGCUGGAGUUUAGUUUUCAAGGGAAUGAUCUUCAGGAUGACCAGAUAAAAAUAGCCCAUCACAGGCAACUAAAAAAAGAACAUUUUUGGCGAACUAGCCGGGCAGGCGGGAAAACGUCUCGGAUUAUGGCAUCGGUACCAUUUGAUGGUAAGCCGAGCUUCUUUAGCCUAGAAAUCACUAAUCGCAAUAAUUCCGCGGAAGAAUAUAAAUUCCGGCUUUUGCUCGUUGAACAAGGCCAGUUCUGGUUAAAAGAAAUUAAACAUUGCUACCGCAUAGAACCCGGCAAAGGACAAAUAACAUUACAACUUGAAGAUAAUGAGCUUCGCAUAGCGGAGUCAGGAAGUUUGUCCUGCAUGCUGGAUGGGGAAAGUGAGGAUAUUGAUUGCCGUCAAUAUGCUUUAGUUAAUUUUGAUACUUUAGCGAAUCAAAGUGAUUUGGUUCAGUUUGCGCUCACUUCGGGUGAUUCCCGUUUGUUGUUUAAUAUUGAGGGACCGGGAGCUGAAGAAGGGUUAACGUUACCGUUACUUUUCGACCAGAGCCGUUUUAGUAAACUUUUCAAAGAAGAGGGAAAUGCAACCUAUAACAGAUCAAAGGGUCGCAUUAUACUCGAAAACACCGAACAUAAAGUUGUUGGUGUACGCCAACAGCUAUUGAUACUUGAAGCCUCACUAAUUGAUCAACGUUUACUUGGUAUUGAAUACGACGAUAGCAUUUUUGAACUGGAUGAACUUCUGAUUAUUUACCCUGAACUUUAUAAUGCCUACAAGCAGCUAUUUGCUUAUUAUGAAAGCCGAAAUACAUUGCCUAGCCUGGUGUCGUGGUCAUCUGAAUAUCGUUCUUUGAUUAGCUACAUUAUUCAUAUUUUUGAAGCGGAAUUAAAGAAAAUUAGUUUGAGCAGAGCAUUGACCUCACAAGAAAAACGCCUUUUACAUCUGGGUGUAUGUCGUAUCGAUUCUUGUGAUCGUUUAUCUCCGCUCCAUCCCUUGGUACUUGCUUAUCAUUUACAGCUGGCAGAAGCUAUUGUAUCAGAGUUUGAAAAGCAAGCUUCGGGAUCAUUCGCAACUUUACCGUCCAUAACGCUUGAUCGUCUCGUUGUAUCCGGAUUAAUGCCUUUUGUUUACCAUAAUGAACAUGAAUAUGCGCAGUUGCAGCCGAUGGAGGAAAACCGCUUCUGGAUUGAAGUUGUUCCUCAGCGUCAGGUGAGUCAUGACUACGUUAAACGUUUGGUAAAAGAUAAACUCAAUGAGUUCACGGAUGCUUAUGCACGACUAUUUCAAAGCGCAGGGAACAACGCAUUAAUUGUUAAUGCUAUUAACCAAGGUAAUGCAAAAGAGCUUUUUUUAGGAUUAGUAGAAUAUUUUAAACAGGAAAAAGAAGACGCUAUUGCAAUACAUGUUAACUGCUAUGACGUGCAUUUAUUGCCUAACAUGUUCGACCACUUUGCUGAAAGUGGUAGCUAUGAGCAGCUUAAAAAUGACCUAGAUCUUAAUAGCGGAUCAUGGCGUGCUGAAGCUGAUAUGCUGAUUGAUCUUUUGCGCAGCCGGUUAACAUUCAGCAAAUUCGUGUUGCCAUCUGAAAGUGAAAAGCUUGCCUAUGCCCAUUUAGCUUUUUUCACCAAUACGGCCCCGGUGGAUUGCCGGCAAAUUCGCAUUGAAGAUGCUUCGAGCGGGGUUCUUUGCCAUGGAUUAAUUGCGGGAGAAGGCGCGGAAACGCAAGGAGAUGCUUACUUUACUGCAUUUGGCUUACGUGGCGUUGAUACUGAACCCUAUAUCGCUUUACGAUUGGCUCAUUUAAUUGGUUGUCUGUGGCAGCCUGCACGACAGAGUAAUAGUCAGUAUCACGGACAGGGAAUUGGCUUGGCUGUCAGCGGUAGUUUUAAACAACUUCUCAACUAUUCUUAUAAUAGUGCACUUUGGACGACUAUUAUCGAUCCUAAAGUAACGCUUGAUUUUUUCACAAAUCAGAAAGAUGUCGUGCUCAUUCACUAUUCUGAUCAAUACACUAGUUGUGCAGGUUAUGAUGCCGUUACAGUGACUAAACAAGUUGACUUAUUUCUUCGCCUGCUUAAGACAGAAAAUCAAUCUGAUCAGCGCGCAGUGGACAGUCAGCAUUUGCUUGCGGAGUUCAAUGCCUUUAACGGCGAGUGGUUAUUGAAAAUGUUGCGCUCUAGCGAUAAAGAACGUAAGGAGAAGCACGGCAUCAUUGGUGCGUAUAAAUUUGUGCAAUCAAUGUUGAGCAAAUCCGAUAUUUGCUGGAUUCCUCUUUCGGUUGCAGAAAUGAUUCGAGUGUCAGGUAAUGUCGGGCUGAAAAUGAAAGAAAGCGAUUUAUCCCGAAAUCUUCAGGGAUAUCGCAAAGGAGCUAUCUCAGACGAUGUCCUUUUUGUUGGUUUUAAAGAGGAUAAUCUUUAUUUAUUACCACUUGAAGUUAAAACGGGUGCACGCCCUGACUACAAUUACGCAGGUCAGCAGGCACGAGAACUAAAACGUUACCUGGAGCAAGAUAUCCUGGAGCCUAAAACUUUGGCUUCACAGCUAUAUCGAGCGCUUUUCAUUCGCCAGGUACUUAUGCAGGUAGAAAAAUUGCGUCUCUAUGGUGUUUUAGAUAGCUCUAAACUCUCACCAGUACUUAAUCGACGCGAAUGGUGGCUAACGGGUGAUUAUCGUUUAGGUGAACUGGAUAACUAUGUGGAAGGCUUUGUUGUCGCACAUGUAGAUAGUGGAACCUGCUUUGAUCUGUCUUAUAAAGAGACGGCAGAUAAUAUUUUACAGAUUGAAAUUCCUUAUUCGCUGUUAUCAGCAUUGAUUACUUCGCAAGGCGGUCAAGAAUCAUUAUCGGUACGCUAUCGUGUGCCUGAGAAAUAUAUUCUUAAACCGGCAUUUAACAGUGUUAUUAACAAUUCAUAUAACAUAGUUACACAUAAAGCAUCAGUGGAUAAUGAAAAAACAACAGAAUUAGAAGAUCCAUUCAAGCCUGAAGAGCCGUCGAUAACUUCUAUAAUGAGUGAUAAACCAUUACAGAUAUUAUUCGGCCAUGAUGCAGUUCGACAAGAUCCACUGUACUGGGAGCCAACUAAUACAGCGAAGUUUAUGAAUACUAAUACGGGGAUUAUUGGCACAAUGGGAACUGGUAAAACCCAGUUUACUAAGUCAUUAGUUACUCAGCUUAUGCGUACUCAGACUUGUAACGUUGAUGGUAAAUCCAUUGGCUUACUUAUUUUCGAUUAUAAAUCAGACUACGUGGAUGAAGCUUUCCUCCAUGCAACAAAUGCUAGAAAAUACAAGUUGUUCAAGCUUCCUUACAAUCCCUUGUCAUUAUUUGGUGACACUCCAAUGUUGCCUAUUCAUACCGCAGGCGGGUUGUCCGAAACGAUGGCUAAAGCGUAUGGUUUGGGCCAUAAACAGCAGCUUAAGUUAGAAAAUCUCAUUCUUGAAUGUUAUGACGCAGCGGGUAUUUCACCAGAAGAUCCUUCUACAUGGUCAAGAACCGCGCCAACGAUUGAGGAUGUGUGGCAACGGUUCCUCGAUCAGGAGAAAGUUGAAGAGGAUUCAUUAUACGCAGCAUUGUCCAAACUGGCUCGUUACAAGAUAUUCGAAACUGUUCCUGAACAGAUGACAAGUCUCUACGAAUUGAUUGAUGGAGUCACUGUAAUUGAAUUGGCUGGCUAUCCGCCGGAAGUUCAAAACCUGGUAGUCGCGCUGACAUUGGACCUAUUUUAUGCUCAGAUGCAAAAGCGUGGAAAACCGGUUGUAAGAGGCGACUAUCGUCAGCUCACCAAGAUGAUUCUCGUGGACGAAGCCGAUAACUUUAUGCGUCAGGAUUUUUCAAGCUUACGUAAGAUUCUGAAAGAAGGACGUGAGUAUGGGGUUGGCGCAAUCUUGUCCACCCAAGAAAUAACUCACUUCAAAACUGGUGAGAAUAAUUACGCGUCAUAUAUUCUCACAUGGGUGAUACACCGCGUAUCUGAGAUAAAAAAUGCUGAUAUUAAAGCAGUUUUUAACAUCGAUGAUAAGAAUGAACAAGAGUCUUUGAUGGGGCAGAUUCGUCAGCUUGAGAAGCACUACAGCCUGUAUGUCGAUGGUAAAAAGCAGGUAGCAAAGAUGCGUGAUCGGGCGUUUUGGGAAUUACAGACUACAAUCGUUAAGGAAUAA